GCUCUCAUUGCCCUCUCUCUCUCUCUCCGUUUUUUCUCUCUCUAAAAUCUAAAAAAGACAUUCUUCUCCGUUUUUCUGUUCAUCUUUUGUUUCUAUCCGCCCUAUCCUUUGUCUCUCACGUAGUAUCUGUCUUACAUAUACAUCACAAUAGGUAGCAGAAAUACAUCGAAGCAAUGUAUAGUUUGGAGAAAUCGUUGAGGGAAGACAAACUGAGGAAAAAUCCAAAAAACCCAUCAUUUUCUUCGAGUCUUCUCGAUGAAAUAUAUCGUUCCAUCGAUGACGGUGAUCAAAAGCCUGGAGAUUUGAAAAAUUACGGAGAAAGAACACUCAAAAAACAGAUCAUUAAAAGUGGUGCCACUGUCAGAGCAAGGACAAGUGACAGAGAAGACGAAGGGAUGGCUAGUCUCCGGCGGGCUUGUUUGAUCGAAAAGUGGAUGGAAAAAAGGGUGAGCGACAAAGUCACAGCUCGGCGGCGGGAGUCCUCGUUGCCGGAGAUGGACAGAAAGGCACUUCACGACAUCAAUGAUCCCCUGUUCUUCAGUUCAACUUCGAGCUCUUCCGAUUCUAGUUUCGGAGGAUUUUCAUCCUCUGAAACAGAAUCUUUUGGCUUUGCAAAAUCAAACUCUUCUUGUUUUACUGCGCCGUGGCCUAAACCGGUGAGAACCAGUGUUUCCGACCGAACAAGAAAGUUGGAAAACUCAAUCUCACAUGAACAAAGUGAUUUUUACUUCUUUGACGAUUAUCAAAAUCAUCAAACAAGCAAAGAAGAAGUCAGUUUGAUGAUGAACUCCAAAUCAAGGGCCUUGAAGAUUUAUGCAAAUCUGAAGAAGGUGAAACAGCCCAUAUCACCCGGAGGCCGAAUCACAAACUUCCUCAACUCUCUGUUCACCAAUGGGAAUGCCAAGAAGGCAAAGAACUCAGGCCCAGUUGGGGGUUAUGUGGAUGCUUGUUUUGAGAGGAAAACAAAGUUCACUCAAGAGUCCACAUGUUCAUCAGCUUCUUCCUUUUCAAGGUCAUGUUUGAGCAAAACUUCCCCAAAUUCAAGAGAAAAAAGGAAAAAUGGCAACAAAAGAACGGUCAGAUUCUUCCCAGUUGGUGUUAUUGUAGAUGAAGAUUGUCGUCCUUGCGGCCAUAAGUGCAUAUACGAUGAAGAUUCCGAGAAAUUAAGAUCUCCAUUGCCAAAACCUGCAGAAUUUCAGAAAACCCUUUAUACCCAGAGAAAUCUGAAAGUUGUGGAAGGGAAGAGAGAUAAUCUUAAAGGGUAUCAAAAUCACAAGAAGAAUAAUUUCAUGGUGUUAAGAAAUGAAGCUAACAACUAUGUCGACGAUGAUGAAGAUGAUUAUGAUGCAGCAAGUGAUUCGAGUUCGGAUCUGUUCGAGCUUGAUCAUUUGGCUUUUUUUGGAAAUAAGAGAUUCUGUGAGGACCUUCCGGUGUACGAAACAACUCAUCUUGCCAGGAAUCGUGCCAUCGCUAAUGGCUUAAUCUGUUAAUUUCCAUCCUUAGAAAUUGAAUCAAAUUGUUACAAUUUUAUUUCAAUUUAUUUAUUGUGUAUACUUUUGUGGGAGGUAUAAUAUUUAUCAUGUAUGUGCUUUGGUUAAAU